CAGUGCGCCGGGCGGCGCUCCCGCUCUCACAACCCCCGACGCCAGCCCGCGCUCCCCCGCCGCAAGCCCCCGGCGCAGGUGCCCGCCCGGCUCGCCGCCCACACAACCCCGCCCCCAGGCGCCGGCAGGUGCUGGCCGCUCACGCGCCGCCGACCCUCGCAGAGGCCCGGCGCCUGCGCCGGGGUUCUGCGAGAAGCCCGUGGAGCCGGCCCGGGAGCUGCCCCGCGCGGCCGAGGGAAGGCUGCCGGAGGCGGGGCGCCGUGAGGGCGGGGGCGGGCGGGCGUCUCCCCGGGCCGCUGCUCUGCAGCUGCACAACCGCGUGCGAGAUGGCGGGUGUGCCUGUGGUUCCACUCCGUGGCUGUGGGCAGGUCGGUUUCGGCAGCUUCCCGCGCGCCGGGGACGCCGCCACUUCCUCAGCGACCCCCGCCGCCCCGCGUCCUCGAAGCCUCUGUGCGCGCGGACUGCGCGGUGGGCCUCUCGCCCCGGUGGCGCGCGGAGAGACCGGGAGACGGGCUGCUGGAGCUCAGUACAACAGUGGACAUCAGGACAGUGCUUUCCUGGGUCUUGUGAGUCAUUCUAUGGACUGGUUCCAUGGUUACAAAAAGUCCGUUGCUACCUACAUGAGGUCAUUGGCAGGAGACCAAGGUUUGGACAUCACACAGAAUAUGAAACCUCUGAAAAGCCUAUGUGUAGAAGUGCGGUGUCUAAAAGACUACGGAGAAUUUGAAGUUGAGGAUGGUACUUCGGUGCUAUUAAAAAAACAUAGCCAGCACUUUUUGCCUCGGUGGAAGUGCAAGCAGCUGAUUAGACAAGGCGUUCUGGACCAUGUGCUGUCAUGACCCCUGGCCGGAUGGCUGCUAAGACUCCCUCCUGGUGUGAGAUUGCACCCAACCAAGGCCACUUCUCCACCUCCCUCUCUACCUCCCCAAGGCCCACUGCUUUUUGGUUCUAAAAUGGAGACAUUCUUUAAGCAGGAAUGUUUGGCGGAGGAGUAUGGUUUGUUUGUUUUCUUUUUUCUUUUCAUUUGGAUGUUAAUUUCUCUUUUUUUCAUUUCUGAAUAUAAUUCCAUUACCUUCCAUGGUAAACAUA